UCUUAAAGAAGUGUUGAGAAAAUUCGGACUAGAUAGUGAUGGUACCGAAUCAAUUCCACUGUUCAAAAUAGCUAAAGUAACCUGCGAGAUUCAAGAUUCUGAUAAGCAUUUCGCACAUUGCAUGGCAGAAAUUAUGGUCAGGCUGAAAAAUUAUGGGUCAUUGGCUGUGGAUAGUUUAGAAGCUAUGCGAAAUGAAUAUGUCGUGGCAAUUCUCCAUACUGCUCUCAAUAUUGCUAGAGACGAAACGCAAAAAAAAUUUAGUAUGAGGCCUCAGCAUGAAAUUGUUGGAAACGAAAGUACUGGGCGAGUGGAUUACGCGAUCAAGGAUGCCGAGGACUUAAUUUGUAUUACAGAGGAUAAACAGCACCAGAUACCCAUGGGUAUGGCCCAAAAUAUCCGCCAGCUUGAGAGUUCAUACGAAACGAACAAGAAAAAACGAAAAGCGAGUGAUACUCCGGGCGAGAUUUCGCAAGGUAGUAAAUUACCAUAUACCAUUGAAUUUACUGAAGAUGCUUUGAAUGAAGAAUCCGAAGAAUAUCAAACAUUGCGCAAGAGUGUAAAGAGGGUAUUGGGAGUGGUUGUGG